AUGAUGGAUACGAAGAUUGCUGGCGAACUUGCGAAAGUGAAAAUAAUGGCGAUUGAGCAAAACAAGGUCGGCUGGGGCGCUCAGCUGAUAGCCGACAAAAUGUCAAAUGGCCACAUGGCGCAGCCACCUGCUGCGCCUCAACCGAUUUUCCCCAAGGAAAGGCUUGGCAUUGCGUUUGAACCGAACUCGAACACAAUCUUCCGCAGGCGAUCAGCGCGUUGCCUGUCGCGAAAGCGUGCAGACAAAAUGAAGCACGAGGCCACAGGUCUUUCCAAAUGGCCUCGCCACCUUACCGCCGGUGAAGAACUCACGUCGAAAGUGGCAGGCCGAUCAACACUCCGAGCCUUAAAGAAUUCCGCCAUAGAUCCCAGGCCAAUGACCAGCGAGAACCGGCCUCUUGGCCGACCCUCGCUCAAACGACACUACAACUGUCGUCGCAACACGAGAAUUGCCGCAGGUGUCCUCGAAACCAUUCGCAAACGGCUUGAGGUCUCUUUAACUACCGAUAGGCGCGUCGAUAUCCCAUUUGCCCACCCCGGAUGCCACCACUAA